AUGUCGAGAAAAAAACACAGUGUAGCAUUUAUUAAGCCUGAUGAACCGAAAUUUUUGAGAGAUUUAAAAAUUCAAGCUGGAUAUAAAGAAGGACCUACCGUUGAUACUAAGAGAGCAGAAUUACCAGAAGCUACUGAAGAAGAUUUUGAAGACAGAGAAGAAGAAAAACCUGUAGUUGUAGUAUUAAAUACUGGAGAUUUAACCGCAGAAGAAGCAAAUGCUUUUCAAAAACAAAAAGAAGAAGAAGAAGCAAAUGCACCCGCUGAUCUUUCAAAGCCGAUAAUUUUUCGUAAAAUUAAAUCAUCCUCAAAGGAAUCAAAUGAGACUGAUUCUCCUGUGAUUAAAAAACCAAAAAAAGAACAGAAGAAGAUUAUUUUAUCCUUUAACGAUGACGAUGAAGAGGAGGAAGAUUAA